AUCGAUGUGUCCUGUCUAUCGAUGCACUUCUGACAUCGCUACCAAAAAAAUAAACAGAAUCGGUUGGGAAAAAAAAAAAGAAAAACAAGAACGAGAAAUACAACAAAAGCGCACCUACAGCAGCUGGUCGCGCAUCAAAGAACCUAACAACCAGGCCACCGCUCGCAUCCUGGACAUGUCCUGCGGCGGGAAACGCAGCGCCUAGACCAGCGCCGCCGCCGCCGCCCCCCUGCUUGCCACGCAAUUAUGCAAGUUGCAGCCGCGGGAACUAACUGUACUCGCCUCGCUGCCACUGGAAGUGGAAGGGGAGGGCUGGAAGAGCAGGAGCAGCAGCAGCACCCACAAUCGACAUGAGCCAGAGACAUUCCGAGCCAUUCUACAUAUCGCCCCGGCUGUUCGACAACCGGCGGCUUAAGCGGCGCCGCUGCCGCUGGAUGGAACGCCUGCGCGAACGCCAGCGUGUCUGCAUGGCCCAGAUGCGUGUCCAGGCGAUUGCCACCAAGACUGAUGGCCGGCGGCAACGUCGCGGAGCCGCUGCCCUGCCAGCGGAAGUGACCAUUGACCUGCUGUCGGACGACGACAACAACGAGCAGAUGGCGGCUGGCCCGUCCGCCGGCCACAGCCGCCUGCUGUUGAUUCCUGCCCCCGCCCUGACCACGCGACGUCCACCGAGACUGGGAAGGCGUCAGGCCCAAACAUCGUUCCCAAACCCGACCGAGAGCAUCCUGAUAACCAGCGAUGAUGAGAACAAUGACCACCAGUUGCCGCCGGGCCGUCUGCUCUCGAUGCGAUCGCGCUCACCCCCGCCACUGGCGCCGCUAACGCUCUCGGAUACCGUGGAGGAGGUCACCGUAUCGCUGGUGCCGCGCAGCUCCACCACGGCCAACUGCCAGGCCCGGCAGAUGCGGCACUCGUAUCACUACAAGCCGCCCGCUAACGGAGAAGGAGGCAGCAGCCACUCGGCGGGCGAUACGAGCGGUUAUCUGGAAGUGGAUGUCGGCGGUGGCAUAACAGCCACCCUGCCGGACGAAACCACCGUCCACACGGUCAUUGCCAAUCGCAUCUACGAGCUGUCGCUGAGCAAGCUGCGAGAGGGUCUGGCCUCCAGCGGUGUGCCGGAGUACUCGCAUGAUCUGCUGCCGGAGCAACUGCAGAAGCUAUCGCCGGCUUUGCGGGCCAAGGUGGCUCCACUGGUGGCCCCAUCGCCGCCCACGCCCAUCUCGCUGAAGCUGUCCAGCGACCUCAGCAUAUCACUGAUCUCAGACGACGAUGACUGCGAGAGCAGCAGCGGUCCGCAGGCCAACAGCAGCAGUGGUUCCAGCGGCAACGGAGGAGGAGGAGGAUUCAAGUCCGAGCUGGUUCACCCGGUCAAGGUGGCCGCGGCGGAGGCCCAUGCGGCCGCCAAGCUGCUCAAGCAGCAGCAGCCGCAAUUGUCGGUGGUCCAGCAUCUGCAAUAUGGCGGCGGUGGUCGGACGGUGCCUGUGGCUUUGGCUUUGCCGGUGAUGGCGGCACAGGCAACAUCGUCAUCCGUAGCAGCGGUGCCUCUACCUGUCCUGCAAUUGCCGCGACGCCGAAAGCUUGGCUGAGACCUUGGUGGACUGGUGGCCAUAAUGUAAACAUUCCCCCAAGUAGACUUUACCUAGUGCAAAUAUGGAAGUAAGCUUAGUCACUCCCACUGUUUCCCAGUUAUGCUUAUACUUUUCUCCCUCCCUCUCUCUCUCGCUCUCUCUGUCUUUCUCUCUCUCUCUUACGCACUCUUCUUUUUUCUUUACCUAUCAUCCCACCUCUUCCUGUCUCUGUCUUUCUCAUAUUUUAAGCUUUAAAAAGGAACGAGACGCAACGUACAAAAAGAAAGUAGAAAGAAAGAAAGAAAGGCUUCACCUUUGCAAAAACAAAACAAAAAUUUGUAAAAUUUAUAUAGGAGAGAGCAUUUGGAGAAUAGGAGCAAAAAUAAUGUGGAGAGUUAUGGAAAUUUCGAAAUGAAAUUCCAGAAAGACCCCAAUAUUUAUAACGAGUACAAGUAGGUUAGUUUAAGUCUUGUAUUAAGAGUGAUUAAGCAAGGAUGCAGACCCUCCUCUGUAUAACAUUUAUAUAACAAAACUGAUCACCAAUAUUGGAAUAAACUUGCUCUUGUAUAUAUAAA